CUAGGCCAACACGCAAAAAACGCUCCUGUCUUUCGAUUGGUCUUCCGCCGCCGCGUCUUCUUUGCUAGGGUUUUGUUUCGCCUCCCAAUCUUCUGAUCAAUGGCGGCCGUGGAAGGCGAGAAGAAGAUGAUCACGCUCAAGAGCUCGGACGGUCAGGAGUUCGAGGUUGAGGAGGCGGUUGCCAUGGAGUCGCAGACCAUCCGCCACAUGAUUGAGGAUGACUGCGCCGACAACGGCAUCCCGCUCCCCAACGUCGACUCAAAGAUCCUCUCCAAGAUCAUUGAGUAUUGCAAGAAGCACGUCCAGGCCAGCCCCAAACCGGCUGACUCCGGUGCCGCCGCUGACGCCAACUCCUCCACCUCUACUGCAGCCCCCGCCUCCGCCGAGGACCUCAAGAGCUUUGAUGCUGAGUUUGUCAAGGUCGACCAGGCCACCCUUUUCGACCUCAUCCUGGCUGCAAACUACCUCAACAUUAAGGGAUUGCUCGACCUUACUUGCCAGACUGUUGCUGACAUGAUCAAGGACAAGACUCCGGAGGAGAUCCGCAAGAUUUUUAACAUUAAAAAUGAUUUCACACCUGAGGAGGAGGCGGAGAUCCGCAGGGAGAACCAGUGGGCUUUUGAGUAGAAAGUAGUAACGUCGAGGCAAUGUUGCUCUUAAGUAAUGCUAGUAUUGAUCUUGUUUUCUUAGAUUUCAUAUGUCUACGUUUCAGCGCUGCUUUUUCUAUGUCGUCGUAAUCGUUGUAAUUAUUCCAAGUCUAAACAUCGUUUAUAUUCUUAUAAAAAAAGCCUAUGAUGGUAGUCAUUACUUGUGAAA